CGCUGUUGCAAUAUAUAUGUGUAGGGCAAACCCAACAAUUCCUCCACUUCUGGUGAGCCUAUGCUGUCCCGCUCUCACAGCAACGCAACCAUGAGCACCACGCGCCACAGGCUCCUUGCCACCGCAUCGCGGUUUGUCGAGACACUCGAGAGCUUAGACAUGGACGCAAUGCUCGCUGUACGAUCUUCAACAUGCCUCCAUCAUAUGUGCUGCCCCAGCUUCAGAAACUACAGCAUAACGAAUGAUCAGACUCGCGAAGCGCUUCCCCAGUGGAAAGCUACGAUUAAAAAGUACAAAUUUGGUGUCCUGGAUGACAGCCAAACUCUGGUGGACGAGCAAGCGAGAAAGGUCAUGAUUCGCGCCGAAACCGCCGCGGAGACAACGGUCGGUGACUAUAACAAUGAAUAUGUGUUUAUUCUUCGAAUGACGGAGGAUUGCAAUGCGGUGGAUGAAAUCUGGGAGUUUUAUGAUACCAUUCGUCUACGGGACCUUCGUCACAGGCUGGAGGCCGGCCAUGUGCCAAUCGGCGUUGAUGCUCCUGCUCCCUUUACCACCACUGCCUCACCUGCAGCCCUGUAACAGCCUGUAUGGCUCGGUGGAGCUCUUAUUAGUGUAUCCAAUUAUGGCC